UCAUGUGAAAUGUGUGAUAAAUCAUUUAAUAGAAAAAUCGAUUUAAUUCGACAUGAACGAACUCAUACAGGAGAAAAACUUUUUCCAUGUGAAAUGUGUGAUAAAACAUUUAAUUAUAAAAGCAACUUAGUUCAACAUAAAGGAAUUCAUACAGGUGAAAAACCUUUUUCAUGUGACAUGUGUGAUAAAUCAUUUAUGCAGAAUUCUUCUUUAAUUGAACAUAAACGAACUCAUACAGGUGAAAAACCAUUUUCAUGUGAAUUGUGUGAUAAAUCAUUUAAUAGAAAACAAGAUUUAAUUGUACAUGAACGAAUUCAUACAGGCGAAAAACCUUAUUCAUGUGAAAUUUGUGAUAAAACAUUUACGGUGAACAGUCAUUUAACUAUCCAUAAACGAAUUCAUACAGGUGAAAAACCUUUUUCAUGUGACAUGUGUGAUAAAACAUUUGCACAGACCAGUCAUUUAAUUCGACAUAAACGAACUCAUACUGGGAAAAAACCAUUUUCCUGUGAACUGUGUCAUAAAACAUUUACACAAAAAAACAGUUUAAUUCAUCAUGAACGAACUCAUACUGAUGAAACUAUUUUAAUGGAAGGUGGACACAUUAAAAUAAAAGAAGAAGGCAGCAAUGAUAGUGAUAGUGUUGUGAGUGUAAAACAUAAACCUUUCUCAUGUGAUGUUUGUAAUAAAACAUUUACUGAUAAAAGUGAUUUAGUUAAACAUAAACGUAUUCACAGCGGAGAAAAG